AUGGUGAACAGCAAGGUGCUGAGUAUCUUGCCAAGGGUGGAGGCACGACAGACGGCCCUGAGGAAUGCUCUGCAGGAAUGUUUGGACCAGAUCUCCGAGCACGGGCACCUGCUGCAGAAGUUCCAGGAUUUGGUCAAGAAGGGUGUAACCGAGGAGCAGGUGGACGCAUGUAUCAGGGAAGGAUCGGAUCCAUACGGGUUGGAACGACAGAAAUCCUUGUUCAAGUGCAUGUACCAGCUGGGUCGCCGGCUGCAACUCGUCAGCCUCAUGCUCGGCAAAAGGGACGUGUUGGGGACCAACAUGAUGCCACUGGACAUCGCUCCGAAGGCGGAGGAUGUCACCACUGCCUUGCGAAAAAUGGAGGGGCUUGACUUGGUGAUUGUUCCGCUGGAAGAGCUCCUGGACCUCGCCAACUUUAUCCAGUCGGGUUUGAACAUGGAAGACCCUGAGACGUACAAGGAGAACAUCGAUAUUCGUGCCGCUGAUGCUCGAAAGAUAAUCAGUGCUACCAAUGCCGGCUUGCGGUCCUUGAAAAAGGGGGCCUCGGACAUGAAGGCGGCCGUGCAGGCUCACAAGGCUUCAGAGCAACGGCGGCAUGAUAAGUCUGGCGGUGGCUCUGGCGGUGAACGUGCCAAGAAGGGCGGCAAGCUCUCCAAAUAUGCAGCGACGUCGGACCCCGCCGAGCCUCGACAGGAGUUUGAAGUCAUCAAGAUUCACAAGGCCAUCGAGAAGCAGGGAAGCAUUCCAAAUGUCAGGGGCUUCGAGGAUUUGUCUUCCCGAGACUCCAAGGGCACCCGACCUUUCACGAUGCGAAAGGGCAAGAACAUUCUGAAGCUCCUGUUGAAGGACGAUGGCACACGUGCAGAGUUUCAAGAUUUAAUCUUCAAAUUCAAGGAGGAUUUCUUGGCCUCCAGCAAGGACAAGGUUAUGGUGCACGUUUCGGAGGGCAUCUGUGAUGUACUCAGAGUGGAGGUGCUACAAAUGAUACCGGGCGACACCGCGUGGCCCUUCCUCCGCCGAUCGUCCAAGCCAAGACACACGGAGCAGGAGAUCAAGGACACCUCCGUUUUCCUGGAUAGCGUCUUUGUGUCGGGCCAGAAGCUGCAGUAUGUCCAUCGUGGCGCAGACUUGGGCUGCGUCGGAUCUCUGCGUGUGCAGCUGGAAGGCGUGCGCCUCAUCAUCCUGGCCAGAGUGACCGAACUCUUGGCGGUGCUGGGUGACGAGGGCGGCAUUGCCGAUGCCGUGAACUACUUGCUCAGAUUGGAAGAAGCCCCUUCGAAGACCGCGAUCCCGUCGCUUGUCAGCGCCAUCUGCAAGGCUGGCGACGUGACCUUUGUGCCCCCCGGGUACUUGCUGGUCGACAAAGCAUGCAUGGAAACCAAUGUGCGGAUUCCUGUUCCGGUGUUCCCACCCACUCUGCGAGAGGGAUUCUGCGCCUAUGCACGUCAGUAUCCGAAGACACAUCUGACAGCUUUUCUGAAAGUCUGCGAGUCCAUGAAGGACGGCUCUAUCAGUGAUGGCGAGGAAGCCACCGACAAGGAGCCGGAAGAUCCGGCGGGGGACGCCAAAGACGAAAGCCAGGGUGUGUCGGUGAAGAAGGAAUAUCCGUCUGAUGCGAACAAGGAGCAGCCGAACAAGCCAACGGCUGGAACGGCCGAGCCGAUAAAGAAUCCUUUUUCCUCGUUCAAGGAGGAGAUGGAGGAGGUGGGUGAAUGGAUGCAAGACUUGGGGGAGAGUGAUGGGGUGAUCUUGAUUGAUUGCAUCAAGCAGCAUCCAGAGUACCAAAACUACUUGGCCCACCUGAGGGAGGUGGGAGAUGUCGAUGAUGACUAUGACAUCGGCCAGCCCGAUGGCGAUUGGACGGCAGAGGUCGAGGACUUCCAGAACCACUUGCACGUGUACAAGAAGAUUCAGUGGAGCGUCGUGGACGCCCUGAACCAUGGGAGAGCGGCUCAAAAGAAGGCGAUGCAGGAUCACAAGGCCGUGCAACAGGUCGAUGAGAGUCAGUCUCCGGGAGAACAGACGCCGCCCGCAGCGCCCGAACAGAAGUUCGAUUUGAUGGCGCUGAGCGACGAGGAGCUGAAGGGCAUCAUUUCGGAGAUGAAGCUCCACAGCCGGUACCCCCAGUACUUGGAGAUGCUCCGCAAGGACUGUGGGGAGCCUGACUAUGAUUUGGGCAUGGAGGGCGCCGAUCUGAUCUUGGAGAUCGAGGCCUGGCAGAGAUGGGUUGAGAGCGGGGAUGAUGAUGCUGCCAGGCAUGGCUGUGCAAAGGGAGCCGAGCAGGAAGUCAUCCGUGUUGCGAGUGCCGGACCUACUCCGGCCCCUGCCGAGGGAGCAAAGGGAGCCGAAGACGAAGUCCUUGAAGCCGACCAGGAAGUCCUUGAUGUUCCAAGUGCCAAGCCUACUCCGGCCCCUGCAGAGGGAGCCGAACAUGAAGUCCUUGGCACGAAGAAUGCC